GAUAUCGACUAAUCUCACUCAGGUCAUGGUCGCGCAACGGGACUGGGUUAUUUUCCCUUUAAAUAACUUGGGAGAAUUCCUCGCCCUCCCUCCGUUUACUCCGGAGCGAACCUCGUUUGUAUUUCAGAAAGCAGGCGCAUCUCAAUGGUCCAAGCACGGGGAGGAAGACCUGCGAUUAUUACAUCCCGGGCUAGCGUCCGGGCAGAGUGAGGGUGGGAGCAAGCGAACGAGCGCGAGAGAGAGAGAGAGAGAGAGAGAGGGACGAGGAUGACGGACCUGGACGCCACCAGCGGAGGGGAGCCGCACCCCCAGUACAUGAUCUUCCUCCUGGUCUUCUUCUUCUUCCUCACCGGCCUGCUGGGCUUCCUCAUCUGCCACAUGCUGAAGAAGAAGGGAUACCGCUGUCGCACCGGAGACCUGGAAGAGGAGGAAGAGUGCAAGGACAAGCUGGCGCCAGAUGACGGACCAGAGGAAAAUCAGGACACCGUGGAGCAAAUUUUGAAGUGCAUUAUCGAGAAUGAAGCAAAUAUGGAGGCCUUCAAGGAGAUGCUGGGGAACCAGAAUCCAUGUGAGCAUAACGUUGCAAGCAGGCUGCCACGCAAGGAGAGCCUCGGGGGGUUGCCCCCGCACCACCACACCGUCCACUCCGGCGCCGACCGAAACUCCUGCCACCUCUGCACCCAGAACCGCUCCAAGAAGGCUCGGCGCCGGAACCGCGUUCCCCGCAGCAAGGUCCGGCCCGGGGAGCAGACCGUGUUCUCCGUGGGCAGGUUCCGUGUCACCCACAUGGAGAAGAAGAACAGCCUCCAGGGCUCGCCCAACCUGCAGGCCAAGGAGUCCGUCGACCACUCUGACAACACCGAGCCCCUGGACGACCAGGAGGACCCGGCGAAGUCGCAGGAGGGGUACAACCUGCGCAACAUGUUCACGCAGGUCAGCCCCACCAACGGCGUGGUCGCCGUGGAGACCAAGCGGAAAAAGAGCGUCACCCUGUUCCCGCCCUGGAAGAGCAGCGAGCCGGCGGCGGCGGCGGCGAAGAAGCCCCAGGAAACGGCGGCGGCGGUGGCGGCCGUGAUGGAAGUGGUCAUCGACGACGACGACGACGACAACGGCGACUGUCCCGACUCCACCGAGCAGCCGGAGAGCCCCGCCCCGCCGCCGGAAGAGGGCACGGACACCGACGUGCCGACCGACUCGGAGAUGGCGGGGGACAAGGUCGCGGCGAACGGGGGGGACAAGGUCGCGGCGAACGGGGGGGACAAGGCCGGAGCGAGCGCGGGGGCGCAGGCCGCAGAGGACGCGGGGGCGGGGGACAAGCCCGCCCCGGCGCGGAUGCGGCAGUUCUCGGUGGUGCGGACGGGGCAGAGGGCGGAGGAGGCGGCCAUGCCCGGCGAGUUCGGCAGGGACGACAUGGUGGAGAUGGAGGACAUUAAGGACUGCAGGGUGAGCGUGGGGGAGGACAGCCGGCACUCGUGGGAGGAGAAGAGGAGGUCUGUGCACACCCAGCACAAGUGGUGAGAGAGCUGGGGCGUCGGGGAGGGGGGAGGGGGGGGGGGCGCCAGCAAGGUGGAGCCCAGUCCCCGUGCCACAAGGCAGGGGGGGUGGGGGGGCAGCAAUACGGCUGGACCCGAGCCACGCCAAAAACUACGCCCCCGGUCACUCACCGGGCCCCUGACCGGCACGACCCACGUGCCACGGGCAGUAUUGAGAGCGGGGGGGGGGGCCUCCAGCCGAGGGGCGGCCCAAUUAGCAUCAUCAGUCAGCGCCGCGCUGUAGCUCAACGUAUGGGGCCGACGCGCGCAGAACUUGUCAAACAAAACAAAAAUAAUAAAAAAUACAGCUACUAUCAUAAUCCCCUUCGCUGGCCCUUCGCUGGAGAGCAGAAAAGCAGUGGGUGAGAGACACUCACCGCGCUCACCUGACUGCAUCGGCUGACAGUGAAGAAGAAACGUCAGCCAGCACCGGACGCUGUGUCCUCUGUGCAGUGUACCCUGCGGCUUGACCGCUUUCCAAAACUGAACUCACGGAGUCGCAGCCACAGGCUUCCCUUGGAGGAGCUCCAGGCUUCCGUCUCUCAGCCUGUCUGUUUUAAAUCCUCCACUCUUCCCUGCACUUUCCGCCCUGGCCGUCACAGAACGGGCGAGGCAAUAACCAGACGGAGGGAAGGAUUUGACGUCGUACAGGAAGAUAAAAGUAAACAGGUUUAACUGAAGGGAAAUGGUAAAAUCUCACGUUUGCUAUGUGACGGAGGGUCGCAUUUCAGGUGUCUGCAGCCCUGGUUCUGGAGAGCCACAGGCUCUGCUGGUUUUCAUUGCUGCUCUCCUUCGCACUUAGAAUUGAUCGAUUUAUCAGUUAAUCAGCAGCUAAUGGCAGUUAACUCACGUCGCCUGGUCACUUGGGUCUGAAGUGGGUGCUGAUUUUGAGGUGAAAACAGGACCAGGUGGGUCCCCAGGACCAGGGCUGCAGACCCCUGCCUUAUAUUAUAAUCAGACAGACAACAAUAUCUUUUUUUAAUUUAAAUUAUUUAAUGUUGAAUUGAACAUUAAAGUACAUGCCAGUUCAGGUACACUCCCCAUGUUUUCACACCGCCCCCCCCCCUACUGGGGCCCAUUACAGAAAGAAAACCAUCUGGGCAUUUCACCACAUAUUACAUCACAUGCAUUUCCUACCUCCCAUAAAAUCCCCACGUCCCCUUCCAUGAAAUGUUUUCAUACAGACAUUUUCAGUCAUACUCAGUGAAGCAGCCCAAAGAGAAUCUGGUACUGAUGUGACUCCAGGCGAUCUCUUAGGACGACGUAACCAAAAAGGAGUCCAGAGACAACUAUAUAAAUAUGAAUCAAUUUUUCUUUUUAAAUGACUGCUGUAAUAUUCUUACUGUAUCCGGGUAAAGUCACAGAAAUAACAAUAUUGAUAUAAUACUUGGGAAUCUCAAAAGCAGGAAAAGUCAAUAAGAACUGGCCUGUAUUUUCAACCCUCGAUUCCUUCACAAUAGGAAGAAAGUCACUUUCCUAUUCUCUCUCUCUCUCUCUCUGUCCCUCCCUCCCUCCUUCCUUUUAAACCCAGUACUUCAUACAUUCACUUAAGGUUACCCUGUGCCUUUCUCAGUCUAAAAAUACAUCUGUUACAUCUCUUCCACCAAAAAAAAAAAAACAAACAUGAUAAGAAAUAGUUAUCCUAGCCACCCGUUCAACCGGGGUCUGUCGCACCCUGCUGCUCCAAGUGUGUAUUACACCCAAACUGCUUCCUCUUACCCUGAGUAGGGGUGAUGUGAGACUUCUUUUUCCCUUAAACUGAAUAUGCACUAGUCUCUCUCUGACUGAUACACACCUGUUACUUACAUGUGAUACACACACACCUGAGCAAACAUAACUCCAUUAGCCCAUGUAGACAUUUCACUCGACUUCCAUACUCAUAAGAUACUGAAUACCAUUUUUUUUUGCUGUUUUUUCUUUUUUUAGUAGAUCAACAAGUCCAUCAGAGCUGUACAUACUAUAUUUUAUCGGUUUUAAUUUAACAUAGAAUUUUCUAAAUAUGCAUACUGGGAUUAUAUAAUUUUAUUCAUGAAAACUGAAAAAUGUUGAAAUGAAACUGCUGUUGUUCCAUUAUUAUAUGUGUUUCUGUUUGCUAUAGACUUCUUUCAUAAAUACAUACGGUAAUCUGUAAAUUUCAGGGGAGGAAACACAAACUGUGAUCCAUAGCUGAAUGUACAUGCUUAAUCAUAGAGGUGGCUGGGGUGGUCUACACCCACUAAAGGUGUAAAAAGAGAUUUUUAAAACGAAUAAUAUUAUACUACAGUAUACUAUAAUUCAUAAUGAGAAUAUCAUCAAAAUCACCUCUAAAAUGGAAAAUAUUAUUUAUUUUUUGAAAUAAUUUAUUCAAAGUUUAGUGGUACGAGAAGGUAACUGACACUUUGGCUACGUAUCUACUGGCUCGGCCACUAACUGUUCACCAGCAACGACAGUAGAAAAGGUGCACGGGAAGGUCACGUCUCCACAUCGAAGCACAUCCACACGCAGCCGCAGGACGCCUCGGACGCGAAGGGCACGAAACAGAAUGAGUGCGAAUCGAAAUAAGCACACCCACCGGUCACUGGCGCACGGCACUUUUCUGCUGGGGUCGGACGAGCAGUCGUCAUCUCCCAGAAUCACUCGCAGGAGACCACACCCCCCCCCCCACCCCCCCCUUCCCGCAGCAGUCUGCACCAGUCCACUGCGAUGACAAUACAGUUUCUCAAUCAUGUUUAAAUCCCUCACUUCCUCGUCUGUUGAUUGCAACUACUAUAUAUAAAUGUGUUCGUAAUAGUGGCCUUAAAUAAUCCAUAUACUGCAUGUGACAUUGACAGAAUCGAGCUGGAAUUAUUUGUAGAGAAUCAAAAAUAACAAGUGAAAAAAAAUGCAUAUAUCUGUGUUAUGAUUAUAUAUAAUACCUAUGUACCUUAGGUAACGAAUCAUGUUAGUCUCAAACUUGGAAAUAAAGCUGUGCAAUGGUAUUUGUUCUCAUGACUUUAAAAGGACACAAAAAUAAAAGAAAGCUAUGCAUUUUUACCA